AUGGCGUCUUCCGCCUCAUCAUCAUCCGUUCAGAAGAUCUUUAAGUAUCAUGUGUUCUUAAGUUUUAGUGGUGAAGACACGCGUAAGACGUUUGUUGAUCAUCUUUACGCUUCUCUUACACGACAAGGUAUUCACACCUUCAAGGAUAGUGAGGAACUCGAGAAAGGAAAAAAGAUCGAUGAGCUCUUUAAAGCUGUUGAAGAGUCAAAGCUCUUUAUCAUUGUUUUCUCCAAAAACUAUGCAUCUUCUUCUUGGUGCUUGAAGGAGGUUGCGAAGAUCAUGGAGUGCCAGGAUUCGAUCGAACAGAUAGCUUACCCGCUCUUUUAUGAUGUGGAGCCCACUGACGUACGCAGACAAAGUGGACCAGUUGGAGCAGCCUUCGCCAAACAUAACACCAGCGAACAGGCUGGGAAAUGGAAAGAGGCUCUGAAAGAAGCAGGCAAUCUGGUAGGAUGGGAUCUGAAAGAGAUUGCUAAUGGGCAUGAAGCUGAAGCCAUCGAUCAAAUUGUUGGAGAAGUUUCACUCAAGUUACGUUCCAUACGUUUGAGCAAUGAUGAAAAUCUAAUAGGCAUGGAAUCCCGAAUGCGAGAUCUGGAGUCGUCUUUAGAGAUUGGCUUGAACAAUGAUGUCAUCAUGAUUGGGAUAAAGGGGAUGGGGGGCAUUGGGAAGACAACUUUGGCCAAAGCUAUUUUCGAUAAAGUAUCAUUCCAAUUUGAAGGUAUAAGCUUUGUUGAGAACGUGAGGGAAGCUUCAAAAACACCACGGGGUUUACUGUCAUUGCAACAACAAGUCCUUUCAGAUGUAUUAAAAGAUGGAAACAAGCAUAAUUCUCAUGAUGGAAAAUUUAUGAUGCAAACAAGGCUGCGCUUUAAAAAAGUGCUUCUUGUUCUAGACGAUGUGGAUCGUAAAGAGCAGCUUGAGGCGUUAGCUGGUGCUUUGAAUUGGUUUAAGGACGGAAGUAGAAUUAUCAUUACAACAAGAGACAAGCAAGUGCUGAAAGCACACUCAGUGAAUAGGAUUUAUGAUGUCAACUUAUUGUCGAAGGAGGAAGCAAUUAGCCUCUUCAAUAGGUAUGCAUUUGAGAGAUAUGCUCCAAUGCAAAGGUAUGAAGAGCUGUCACUAAAAGUUGUACAUUAUGCUGAUGGUCUUCCUUUAACUAUCAAAGUUUUGGGUUCUUCUCUGCGUGGUAAAGAAGAGCUUGAAUGGGUAGAUGCACUAAAAAGGCUAGAAAAGAUUCCGUGUCAAGAAACUCUAAAAAAAUUGGAAAUAAGCUAUACCAGUCUAGAGGAUGAUCACAAGGAAAUAUUUCUAGAUGUUGCAUGUUUCAUGAAGGGGUUGCAGAAAGAGGAUGCAAUUAGAAUACUUGAAAGCUGUGGAUUACAUGCUAUAUAUGGUUUAUCAGUUCUUGAACAAAAAUCCCUCAUAACUAUUUCAAAUCAGCGUUUGGCUGUGCAUGAUAGCAUAGAAGAAUUGGGCAGGAAUUUAGUUCAACGAACUCACCCCCGCAAGCCCAACAAACACAGCCGACUGUGGGAUCGCGAGGAAAUUGAAGUCUUAUUAUCUGGGGAUAUGGGUACUAAAGCAACAACAUGCAUACGACUCGAGCAGGUGGAACUGCAUCCGGAAAUCGUUAUGAAAGGCCUUGGAAACCUGAAGAAACUUAGAGUUCUUCUGGUUUCUGAGAGAGAAAAUGAGUGUUCUCCUAGUGAUUGGAAGUUUGAUCAAGCCAAACAAUACUUUUCAAAUGCAUUACAGUUUCUAAGUUGGGAGGGUUACCCUCUUCGGUCUUUACCCCAAACAUUUAGAGCAAAUAAUCUUGUUGGACUUGAAUUGCCUAGAAGCAGAAUCACAAACCUUUGGGAAAGUGGAGAUGAAAAGGUACUUAAGAAGCUGAGGUUCCUCGACCUUAGUUAUUCAAAAUUGAGGACCCUUGACCUUGGGCUGACUUGUAAUCUCGAGAGGGUUGGAAUCGCUUAA